AUGCCUCAUAUUAUUGAGAAGAUUGCAGAUGACAAGACAGAAUACCACGAGAGGAAGAAAGGAAAUACGGCAGCAUUAGUUUUGGCUGCACAUGUGACCAACCUUCAUGCAGAGAACGGAAUUCUGAGAAGGGAAAACCGAAGGCUCAAAGAUGCGAUUGAGAAAAUUCAGGCUAAUUGUCAAACACGCGAUGUUUUGUCCGGAGAAGUUCCCUUUAACGAAUAUGUGCAGCGUCUUACUUUGGAGAAUUCCAAGUUGAAGGAGGAGAAUAGUCACAGCAUAGGCAUCCUCUGUGAUUCAGUCAAAACCUGGGCAUUAAAAGCCGCCAUGAAUGUCGUGAAAGAGGUCAUUCAAAUGGCACUCAAGGAGAAGCUUAACACAAAAGCCACUUCUGUUGUUCUGAUGGCCGGAAUCACACUGGUCGAAACCUUCAUGGACGUGAACAAAUGGAUGGAGAUGUUUCCCUGUAUCGUAACAACAGCCAAGACCCUCCAUAUCUUAUCGCCAGGGCUUUCACCACCUGACAAAAACGGAUUACCUCAGCUGAUGCAUGCAAAGCUACAAGUUCCUUCACCGUUGGGUUGUGUCCGAGAGAUUGGUUUCUUUCGCUAUUGCCAUCAGCUAAGUGAGAUAGAAUGGUCUGUUGUAGAUUUCUCGCACCAUAAAUCCACCAGCCUUUCCACAUGUAUAUCAGGUCGUAUUAUUCAACAACUUCCAAACGGACAGUCCAAGGCAACAUGGGUGGAUAACAGUGAGCCCCUUCAUAAGGUCUUGGACGCACAGCGAUGGGUGGCUCUACUUUACGGAAAAUGUCAGCAAUUGGCGACUCUCGAUUCUACUGAACUUGGGGUGAAUGUCCAUUAUAAAAGAGCAAAAGCAACCUCCCAACUUUUCGAGUUAUUUAUUUUUCUUCAAUGGAGAUUUAGCAAAGAACAUAACAGGUUAGUAAUAUUUGCUGGAACUUCACUGUGGCUUCCUGUCUCUCGACAAAGAUUAUUUGGUUUUCUUAGAGAUGAACGAAUGAGAUCUAAGUGGGAAUUGUCAUUGGAAGGAAAGUCAAUACAAGAAAUGAAACACAUUGCAACUGGUCCACAAUCUGGGAAUGAUAUUUCACUGUUGAUGGCAAGCAUCCAAUAUGGAGGCCUUCAUACUGCAGCAGAGUCGAACAGAUGCACAUCGAUGUCUCUAAUAGUAUAUUCAUCCUUGGAUGUUGAAGCAGUUAUCCAUGCAAUGAUGGGAGAAUAUCCUUCUUCAACAACACUUCUUCCUUCUGCAUUUAGAAUAAGGCCACAAGAUUCAGCUGUCAACACAGCCAGCAGCAGCACAAGUGGAUCGGAUAUAUCUCGUAAUGAAGGCUCGUCUCUUCAAAUCAUUUCUCAAGUGGUUUGUUGUAAGUCCCCAGAGGAACCUCAACAAAGAUUGAGUGAUUUUGUUUGGAACACUGCAGCGAAUCAAAGUUGCAUUUUGUAA